AUGGUAGCAAGUUACACUAAUGUAGAAGAAGCUAGGGGAACAAAACAGGAGUGUACCGCCUCAGCUUCGUUCCUACAACUGGUAAAGGUUCGAAUGCCUCAUUUUGACGGGAAACUACGCAAGUAUCCGCAAUUUAAAAGAAACUUCCAGAAGCAAGUUAUGACGCAGACCCGAAAGGGUGAUGCAGCAUACUUCUUACGCACCUGUCUUGAAGGGGAGCCCGCGAGACUAGUGAAAAGCGUAGACGACGAAAUAGGCGAGAUGUGGCAACGUUUAAACGAGAAAUAUGGUGAUCCAGCCAAAGUCGCCGAUGUCAUCAUUGACGAAAUAAAGCGAUUUAGAAUGCUCAGAGAAGGAGAAGACCAUCGCUUUAUCGAUUUUGUAACCCUCUUAGAGGAUGGCUAUAGAGACCUAAAGAGACUUGGCUUGGAAACAGAGAUCACAACCACAAGUUCGGUCAGCGUAACUGAGAAAGCACUCACGCCAGAUAUUAAAAGAAAAUGGUCCGAGCUGGUAAGCUCCCGUGACAGCCCUGUUGACAAAAGCAACAAAUUUCCAAGUCUCCUAGACUUUCUGCAGAGCAAAAAAAGAGCCAUUGAAUACGAGAGUGCUAUACUCCGAGCAGCUAGUAGCAACCAAUAUCAUAAAGGCGCGGCACACUGUGCAGCGAGUAUUUCAGAGGAAAAGCAGGAAAAUAGUAGAGAACCUAGACCAAAAUGCCUGAUUCACGACAACGGUAGGCACUGGACCGUUAAUUGUCGACUUUAUCAAGCUAAGACGAUUGAUGGAAAGAAGAAUCUUCUCACAGAAAAGCGGGCAUGUUGGUCCUGUCUUAAGCCUGGCCAUAGGCAACGCACUUGUAGAAUGGGAAGAGAGUGA